AUGAAACCCUCAACUGCUUCUUCUUCUUCUUCUUCUUCUGCAUCCUCUUUCUUAAGUGCUUCUGCAUCUGAUUAUAUACCCCCAAACUCAAGUGCUUUUACCUCAGCCGAUGAACUCUCAGAAGUCUUUGCGAAUCUUCAGGUUUAUAGUUCUUCAGGUUUCUCUUCUUCUUCUUUACCUGCUGCUCCGUUGUAUUCGGAUAGCAUCUGGGCUGUUGACAGUUUAAGUAAUGGUGGAUAUGGCUGCUGUUUUAAUCCUGGAAUUUGCUCUUCUUCAAUCAACAACUUCCUAGAUGCAAGUCGUUUCUUGUCCCGCCCGCCAUCGAUCCUGGAACCCGGCCUGGAGAGUCGAGGAAACUCUUUUCCAAUGUCAGGUGAUGAAUUUUUUAAUCUCGGAGUCAAUGGAAUUCUCCUGAUGGCAAAAGAUGAACAUGGCUCGAAGUUUCUCCAGGAAGUUAUGUCUUUCCAAGGCGAUUCCAGGAUUGUUACCAGGGUGUUUGAGAUGGUGCUGGAGUUCACCCUGGAAGUGAUGACAAGCCAAUAUGGACGUUUUGUUUUCGGAAAAUUGAUUGAAUCCUGUAACCAAGAUCAACUCCAAGCGAUUACCUUCAAGAUUGCAUCGGACGAUAACUUGUUUAUCAAUGCAUCCAGGGAUAAAAACGGUUCUUCCUGUAUCAAGAAGCUCAUCCGAAUUCUUGGCAAAACCCAGAAAGUUUUCCUGGAAGAAAUCAUGUUGACAUUAGGAAAAUUUUUUCAGUUUCUGAUGAUUGAUAAAACAGGAUCCUCUGUAAUCUUACUCAGUCUAGACAAAAUUUUUUCCAAGAAGAAUGAUUUUGUAUAUCAAGCAGCUUUAGAACAUUGUCUCACAGUGGCAAAUAAUGAACAAGGAUGUGUCUCCAUGAACAAGUUCAUCGAUGAGAUGAGAGGUCCACGCAGAAAACAAAUUCUUCUUUUGAUUUCGAUGAAUGCAGCAUACUUGGCGAAGAAUCUCUAUGGUAACUACGUUCUGCAGCAUGUAUUAGACCUCGAGGAUCCUGAACUUAUCAGGAGAAUUUGCUUGGUGCUGAGAGGCCGCUUCAUCGAUCUUUCCAUGAGAAAGGGAGGGAGUCAUGUGGUAGAAAAAUGCCUCAAAUAUGAUAAGUUCAUGCCUGACAUAGUUGAGGAGAUUAUGGGAAGCGAUCGAAUUGUGCAAGUUUCGAAUCACAGUUUCGGAAACUAUGUGAUGCAAACAGCAUUGAGGGAAACACUGAGAGUGAAUAGAGACCUCCAUGGGAGACUUGUGAUGAAGCUCAAAGAACAUAUCAAUGAUCUCCACCAAUUCGGACAUGGCAGACAUGUUUGUAAAUUGAUUAGAUAGUAUUGUGAAUGUGUAGAAGUACAUUUUGAAAGUAAUUUUAUGUAUCUUUGAUGUAAUUUAAUUAUGAAAUUUAAUGUUGGUCUGCAAAUUACUGAUUGAUUAGCUAAUGUAUAGGCCUUAAUUACUUGGAUGUGUUGAGAUGAUUGUUAAUAUUUGUCAAAUAAUAAGGAUUGCAUAUUUAAUUA